AGGGAAUAGUAUUCAAGAGCAAGAAGAUGCUUGAAGGCCUAGUUGCAUGGGUGUUCAACACGUACUGUGGACAGUAUCUAGAGAACCUUAAUACUGAUCAACUCUCAGUUGGUCUCCUGAAAGGGGAGCUAGAGCUGGAAGAUGUCCCUCUACGAAAGGAUGCUCUUCGGCACCUGGACAUCCCUUUGCAAGUGGUCUCCGGCUUUGUGGGUCGAGUGAAAAUACAAAUUCCUGUGACUAGAUUACGAUCAGAACCAUGGGUGGUGGUGCUAGAACACCUCUAUGGUGUUGUGGCACCUAUCAAACUAUCAGAGUAUGAUGAAGAAGCAGCGGCUGAAGCCUGCUUUAGUCGUAAGAUCAGUCAACUAGACGCUCUAGAGGCUGGAUGGAGAGCUGAGCAAGCUGCCAAGGCUGGUGAACCAUAUGCUGCCGCUGCUACUUCUUGGUUUAGUUUUGGCACUUCAUUUGUGACCAACAUCAUUGAAAAUAUUCAGCUGAAAAUUCACGAUGUUCACCUGCGCUUUGAAGACGACCAGAGCAUCCCAGGCCAUCUUUUUGCGUGCGGGCUGACGGUGCACUCCUUGGCCGUGCAGAGCACUGACAGCAACUGGCUGCCUGCGUUUGUGCAAAAUGUGGGAAGUUCUGGCGACGCUGUGUCCCACAAGCUGCUGGAGCUCACUGACCUCGCGCUGUACUGGGACACAGACUCUCAGUGUUGCUCUCAUCUUUCUCUUGCGGACCUCAAGAGCCUGUUUUGCAACAAGAGUACACACAAAUAUCUGGUGGAGCCCGUGAGUGCGACAGCUUGUUUACGCCGUCAUCUCACACCCUCUCCUCUCAAGAGCCAGUCAACUCCUCGCUUGUCCUGUCAUCUCACCAUGCCAUCUUUCCCCGUACACUUGACCGACGAACAAUACUCACAAAUGGUUCAAAGCACCAGACUGUACGACCGUCUGGACAAGGCCAGGCAUUUCUGCAAGUAUAGACCAGAAGGACGGGUUAUUGAGAACGCGCGAGAGUGGUGGCAGUACGCCAUGCAAUGCCAUAUUGAUGCCAUUUACGCCAAGAAAGUCAACGCUAACUGGGAUUUUGUUUGUAAAAGAUCGCGUGAAUUGGUGGAGUAUGUCGAGGUGUACACUAAACAGCUUCUGCAGCCAAAUACUCUUCCCUUGGAGCAUAAGAAGCUCAUGAACAGAAUGGAGCGAAUACUUGGCUUCUCGGAGCUUAAAACACUGCGGGAAGUCGCCAUGAGGAGAGUCGAGGAUCUCACUCCAAAACACACCCCCUGUCAUGCUUCUCCAGACCCGCCCUCUCCUCCUCCGAUUUCUGAUCGUUCUUUGCCGUCUGACAACAACACCUCAAUGGCUUCUCCUUCGAGUAAAACCCAAUCCCCGACAGGGCCAUCAUCGAGCUCCGGAGAAACUCUCCUACAGAGAUGGUUUCCUUCCUGGGCUGGCUGGUACAGUCAGCCUUCGAGUUCGCCGACUUCACCUGAAGAAUCUGUUGAGGCAAAUACAUGCAGUCAAACAGCAGGUUCUAUUGAUGAAGAUUCAAUGUCAGCCUAUAUGACGCCUCAAGCGAGCUGUAGGAACUCCCCCCCUCUCAGUCUCACAGCCACGGAAUCUGAUGACGCCGCCGAGGUUGCGUCGUCUCGCAGUUUUUCUCGAGCUGGCGAAGAAAAUUCUUGUGCGUCUGUAAAGCAUAAAAGGCUACACAGAAUAUCAACUUCCUUAGAAGAAGAGUUCCUUUACGUACUCUCAGAUAGCAUUGAGAAUAACACGUUUACCAAGCGUGAUGCUGUCUUUUGCCAGCUAAGUUUCACCUUGAAAAAAGUUGUCUUUUCUCUUUCCUCGGAAUCCAAAUUUUCCAGUGCUGCAGUACCUCUCGAAAUUAGCAAAUUAUUCCAACUGGAAUUUUCUGACGUGAAAAUGGGUCUAGAAUCAAGGCCGCGGAACAAGUCUCACAAAUUCAACAUAGAGCUUGGAUCUCUUAAUUUGCGUGAUAAAGUUACCAAAGAUUCUGCAUUUCCUUGUUUAGUCGCACCUCAGAGUGAACAAGACUCUGGUACAUACCAUCACUACCGUGCUAGUCGCUCCACUUCUCACUCCUCCAACCUUUCCGCAGCUGGAUUAUCGAGUUUUGGUUACUCGAGGUCUUCGAGCAUCAGCAGCCGCCUCAAUAGUGAAGGAUCCAAAGAAGAAACCCAGCCGCCGGCCACUAAACCAGACGAUGCCCAACCCUUGUUCUCCCUCAUUUAUGAAAGUUUUCCUGCCAAUCAACAAGCUGAUCGCAGGCUCCACGUUGUCACUCAACCACUCGAUCUCGUGUACAACCCUGAAGCUCUGGAUGCAGCGUACAACUUCUUUAGUCGCCCUUUGAGUUCAGUUUCCAAGUAUAGUCAUCACAUCCCGCAAGACCCUUCAAUGCUUUCAAUUGCCGCACGCAAGCGUUACGAUGCCAUCAUGGAACAGACCAAGCAACAGCUACGGAAAAACUGGGAUCAGAUGUUACAGGGAAGUACAAGAAAGCGUUGGUUGAUAAGCCUGGACAUCAGUGCUCCGCAAAUUAUAAUUCCAGAGCAUUUUAAUGAUCGCAACGCUACUCUGGUGGUUGUCGACUUUGGGCGUCUCACCUUCUGCUCCUCUAAUUCCAAGUUCGAUAACAAUAAGACCAACAGAAAGGAGAAAAGCGUUCCUGAAAAUCAGGCUAAAGGAAGUUCAUGGAGUGGUUUCAUGGCCCGAAUGUUCGGACAGCAAGCAAUCGAGGUGGAAGAUGGCGAUGAUGCCUUCGCUACUCCUUGUUCGACUCCUGACAUGACUGAGAGUCCAGAUGGUACUGAAGCGGACUUCAUGUCUUCUGCUCAUGAACCAUUGACAGAAGAACUAUUGCAUUCCCACCUGUAUGAUAAAUACGAGUUGCAUCUCUGCGAUAUGCAAGUUUUGGUUGGCAAAGUGCGCGACAACUGGCGUUUUGCAUACCGCAAAGGAACAGGCCCUAUGCACGUGGUUGAUCGCUUCAGCAUCAGCACUCUCGUGUCGCGCAGAAUCGUCGCAUUGAUCCCUGACGACAAGCCGUGGCCUACUGCCACUUUGUCUGCCACGCUGCCCAACAUUAUGCUACAUCUCAAUCAAACCAAGGUGCACGCUCUUUAUUCUAUUGCUCGAAAGAUCAACGAACGAACAGCUCAGAACUCUGCCACGAGGGCGCCGUCAAAAAGCACUUUUUCCAGCAGGGGUGCUGAUGUAGGCAAGCCAUUGGUGCGUUCCGCUACUGCGUCGACUCUCACUUCGUUGACGAAUGAAAUGUUUUCUGCGGACCCGACCAGCGUGAGCAAACCUAAAGAUUUUGAUGGACCCGAGCAACCUUGUGCAUCACCACACGCCAAGCAUAUGGAUUCCAUUGAUCUCACGGAAUCAGCCUCCACUUUACACGAAGAUUCUCGUCUGCUGAUGGUCCAGAUGCACGUGGAAAAACUGUCCAUAGAACUUGUUUCUCGUGGCAGAAGCAUAGCGGAAGUUCAGGUUACGGGUAUCAAAAGUAAUAUCCAACAUCGUCCUUCUAACUAUUCUGCUUCACUGACCAUACACUCGCUACUUCUCGUAGAUGCUCUUCAAACAUUCGGUCCUGAUUUUGCGCUUCUCAUGGCUAGUCACAAACACAUCAGCAUGGACAGCGUCAGUGGAAGUCUUCUAGACUCCGACCCUUGCAGCCCUGUUUCUCCCUCUUCUCCGGACCACAAUGUCUCUGCUCACUAUCUCCGAACCACGUCACCCGUUGUGCUUACAAGAGCCUUGAAUGCGUUAGCGUCAUCGCCGAUCUUACCCGGACAACAAUCGAGUGCAAGUCUUAAGCUUUCAUCGCCUCUCACUGCUGGCUCCCCUCCGUAUUCUGAAAUUGACACCGAGGCUCUUAUAAGCAUCGAAGUUACGUACGUGUCGCCUGAUUGUCCUUCUCAUGAAGGAUCUGCCCCGUUGUUGCUAGGUUCUCUCCAGUUCAAUACCAUCGAUAUUAUCGCUAACCAAGAGACCGUGGUAGAGCUGGUAGGAUUCGUGCACCAACUCUUAUCUCAACCUUCAUCUGACGUCGCAGCUCCACGAUCUAAUUGCUCAACGAUGCCUGCACAAUCUGACCCCACUCCUACAGCUCUGCUGAAGGCGGAAGGCACUGAGCGUAAUUCUAUGUAUGGCUCUCUUGCAAUGCUCUACGGUUCUAGAACUGCUUAUACGGAAAACACAACGCGAGAUGACGCCGCCAACAAUGAGUCCAUGAGAAUAGAAAUGAGUUUUGAUUUUUCAAAACUGACAGUGCUAUUGCUUCGAGCCAUAAAACGAGACAAAGAUGUCGUUGGGAGGAAAGUGGCAACUGCCGUGCUGUCACAAGCAAAAAUACAAGCGACUGUGGCUGACCAGCAUCUGACUGUUGAAGGAUCCCUCGGUGGCUUCCAAGUGCGAGAUGUCACUCCUGAGCCCAACAAACACCAGUGCAUUGUCAGCGUUGGCCAAGACCUCGAGCUUGAGAAGAAUAGUGAUAUCAUCAGUAAACUAACAUCAGGAAUAUAUCAAAGUUACGCUCAGAAAGAAAGUGAAGCAACACUUAAGGCUUUCAGUUUCAAGGUUGGUCGUCCCUUGGUUUUUACUAACUUUUCAGCUCCUGAAACCACAUCUGACAACGCCAUUGAAAGUAACCAUUUGAGUGUUGAUCUGCAGCUGGCGUCCGUGCUAUACACACAUUCCCCGAGCUUUCUGAACGAAGUGUCGUCUUGUGCAGACGAGUUUAAGCAGUACAUGGCACGUCUUGCUCAAGGCAUAAAACAUGCCGCCACUGAGAUGGCCAUGGGCCUCGUAAGCAAGCGUAUUGAAUCUUUUGCGGGAUUGCCAAGCUAUGCCGAGGGAGGCAGCAGUGGCGUCGAGUCUCCACUUCACAGACGAGAUAGCUUUGCUCGGUCCACUGAGACACUUCAUUUACCUUUCCCUCCGCCCACCACAGCCUCCCACACUUCCCCUACACACUCUCCUCCUUCAGAUCUUUCCUUCAGGCUCAAGUUGUGCGUGGUGCUUGAAACUCCCAUUGUGGUACUACCUGAAUCAUGCACGAGCAGUUCAAUUGUGGUGGCACAGCUCGGUCAAAUCUCCAUUAAAAAUCUUCGGCCAGAAGCACAUGAUGCGGACUUCAACAGCCACCCAGAUCAUUCAACUCCUGGAACUGAUUGCCCUCAAGUCGGCAACCCAAAUUACGAUCGGUCACCUCAGUACGAGGACUUAGUAAAUCGCGUUGUUAAGUACAAAGUUUGUGUAAGAGACAUGAGUCUGUAUUCUUUUGACGUUGACGAUCGAAAGGCGAUGAGGAGUUCGGCUGGUUUCGGGCCGAGAGUUAGCUGCGCUGCUGACACCUACCGUUUUAGCGAUGACUGCUCUUCUAUUCUCUACAGCACAAGCGUUCAGCUUGUCGUCACUCAUCAACGACGUUUGGUGCUUUUACCGGACAGCCAAGCUGGAAUGUUCUUCUUCCCUAGUGACCAUUUCUCGAACAUUGAUGAACUAAGCCCUGGCCACCCUGUGGACAGCAUUGAAGUCUCCGGAGGUGUUGUGUCUGCCGUAAAGCUGAGCAUGUCCCGCCAGCAAUAUCGUCUCCUCACGCAGGCCCUUGGGAACGUUUCCUUCGAGAAACGAGCCAGCGUUCAUGUAUCAAAACCAACGCCAUUACUAGAUCGUAUUACUGAAGAAAUCCAAUCUCCGCCUAGUACUAGUAAAAUCGAUGCCUUGAAGAGCUCAAUGUUUGGAGACGAACGAGCAGAUCUACUUUCUAAACCCACGGAUAAAGAUACACCAGAAGAGUUCGUUCGGCUUGCAAGGAAAGUUCACGUUGCCAUGCAAGGCGAGUUUUCUGUUCCCAGAGUCGAGGUAGAAUUGCUCGGGGAUGUGGGUGGCAGCUGUCAGUCAUUAGUGAACCUCAUUCUAGAAGAUUUCCGAGCAAUUUACCAGAACGAUAAGCCCUUUGAGAACACCAUUAAAGUCACCCUCAAGUCGCUGGUCAUGGAAGACCUCUUGUGCCCUGAAGCAUCACCUCAUCGUUUCCUCUUGCGGUCUGUCGAGCCUCCUGCGCCGACUGAAACUAAUAAUAAAAAUGAAGCUCCUUUGCCUCACGCGUUCCAGUUGGCUCCUUUCAUUUCCAUUUCUUGCCCUGAUCUGUCCAAAGCAGGGCUGAAAAAUUCCUGCUCUUCGAAGUCCCUUCCUGGUCGACUGGAAAUCGAAAAGCCAUAUUUCAAGGCCCAGCAACGCCCCAACGUGAGAUGCAGCGUUCGCAAGAGACGUAAACGGUUUCAGCAGCAGGUGACGGCGUCCAGUUUGUCUCUUGCUGAGAUGAUCGGCGAUAAAAUUCCUGCAAUCAAACCUGAAGUGCCAAGAAAGUGCCCAUACACUCCCCCACCGUCGCCCAUCCCUGAUGAAUCUUCCUCCCUUCCGUCACCCGAUGCUCCAUCUAACCUUGUCCGAAUCAGCAUCUUAAAUGUAAACGCAAAAAGUCCUGAUUUCAUGUCAAAGUACGACGGUACCAAUCGUUUCGUUGACGUGGCGUUUAAUUCUCUUGUGACAGUUGUGAAUAUUCCUUCUUGGAUUAUGAUUGCGGACUUUUUCAGUGAGAAGCAACGCCGUGAAUCUAUUAGUUUAUUUGGGAUGUCCGAGGACUUCGACGCAUCUGCCUCGGCUACUCAAAGAAAUCCCGACGACAAACGUGAUGAGGCAGACGGCGGCGCUGAAAAAUCAGAGGAAAUUAACUCUGUGUUUGAAUUGAGCGUUGUUUGGCUAGAGCUCCUCCUAGUCCGAGUAGACGGAACCAGAAACACGGGAGCUGAAGUUGCAGGGGCCAGCGUAAGCGACGUUUCUGUUCGUUCUGUAGGCGCCGCCGGAGACCUUCAGCUCAGCGGACGCUUGGGCUCUAUAGCGGUUACAGAUCGCACGUGUCAAGGCUUACGUUACUACCACAAGUUCAUCACAGCCGGCAAUGAAGCGCUCACUUUUCAGCUGUACAAAUAUGGCCUUCCUGAUCCUUACCUCCAGAGAGACUGUGACAUGCGUCUCAACAUCAAAAUGAGCUCCGUCAUGUACAUCCACACUCAGAGGUUUGCCACUGAGUUAAUGCACGUCAUCGAGCAGUUCAGUCAACUGCAAACAAUUCUCGACAAGUGGCGUGCCAUACGCGCUGGCCAACAAAUCGUCGAGAACUCGCGAGGUAUUCGAGUAUCUCUUGCUGUGACCGCGGGAUCUCCAGUUAUCAUCCUACCGCUCUGCGGUCAUGGCAGUGACCACGUUCUCGUCGCCGAUUUGGGAGCCCUCGAUAUAAGCAAUAAGUUUGUUUGGGCUGGCGCUCCCGGUUCUAUUAGUAAAAUCGAGAGAGAAGGUCUCUACGAUCGUCUCAACUCUUCACAUUCUGGGUCCAGGUCGCGAUCGCGAGCCAACAGGUCACGUUCUCGGUCGCGUAGCAGACACAGCACCAAUGACAGCCACCUGGGGUCGCAAGGCAAACCUCCACGAUGCUUACUUGAUGUCAUGUACGUGAAACUCUCCAAUAUGGACUUGUACUGUGGUGAGAGGUGCGACCAUAAUCAUCCUUCUACAGAGGCUAAAGUCUGGGCUCAAAAAUCGGCAAAUCGCGAAAAGAAUCGCGAGUCGCUAGAUCAGAAACAGGAAAGUAAUGGCAACUCGUGGAACUUUCCAAAUUACCUCUUCAGGAGCAGACGUCAACCAAUCUUCCGAGAAAAAUGUGCUCUUACAGUUCAGGUCGAGAGAAAUUUAGACCAGCAUGUAUCCCGACGCGUUCCAGACAUGUCAAUGCAGGGUUGUUUGAGUAAAGUCCACGCUACUGUUGAUGAAGACACAUACAUGUUAGUGCGUGGUCUGCUACAGUACAACUUGGGUGAAGAUCUUACAGAACUCCACCACCAGCAGCAGCAACUUCACCACCCUCAUUUGCCCCUGCAUGCCACUGUGCACCCUCAGCCAGAACGAGAUGACAUCUACAUCAGCCUUCACAUCGCGAUGGACCUCGAUGAUGUUACCUUAGACAUCGUCCUUGCCGAAAAGAGUACCAUAUCGGAUAAAAGUUGUCCCGCGUCAUCGCCGCUCACGCGAGUCAACCUCAUCAAGUCACGUCUCAUGUACCAAGCUAACUCGGAAGGCGGAAAGGAUGUGGACUUGGUUUCUCAGGAGAUCCUGAUACACGAUACGAGGUUCACUGAGUGUCCUGCCAACAAACGCUCUAAUGUCUUCACGGAAAUCUUGAGACCAACGCCCCGCAACACGUCGAAGAACGAAGGGCUUUUACAAGCUGAGCUUCACUACCGCAGCACCAAGGAAGUCACUCGUUUCACAAUCCUACUGAACAACAUGCGACUAAUGGCCAUAAUCGACUGGUGGAAAAAUGUCCUGGACUUUGUUCAGUUGAACCCUCCGCAACCAGAACCCCAGAGUCACGCCGGCAUGUCCACUGCAGGUUCCGAUGCUCACCCGUCGGUUGGAAGACACGAGUCUCUGCAGUCGUUAUCUGUGUGCUCUGAGGAAGGAGGAAGCAUCGGUAAAAUCCCCAGCAGUGCUGUCUCCCCACGCUCUUGUUCCCCUUCGUCUUCCCGUCUCGUGAGUCGGAAGUCGUCGGGUUUGGGGCGAGUAUCUCCCCGUCUGAAUCCAUUAGUUGAGAGCACGGGAGUGAUGACGCGCAACUUCCUCAUAGACGACAUCGAGAAAAGCGCGCGUAACAUCGACGCCGAGUUCGAAGAGAGGGCGCCUCCAUUUGAACUUAAAAUAAAUAUCACUGACUCUGAAAUUGUUAUCGUAGAGGACGCUGCCUUCUGCAACUCACCUGGCCUCAUCCUUAAGAACACGACAGUGUUGAGCUAUCGCCCGUCGCUGCUGGAGCGGCCGGUGUCCUGCAACCUGUCUCAGUGCGAGGUGUACUCGUGCGUGCUGUCCGCCGAGGAGGCCACCGCUCUGUCCAUCCUCGACCCUGUCACCGUCAACAUGGAGCUCACCGACAGACCUCCUGUCACUACUGACCUCAGUCUCGGCUCUGCCCUGUCUCAUCAUCACGUUCUCGAGAUAAGUUUGCACCAAAUCAACUUACGUCUCAGCUACCAUGACCUGAAGAUGUUCAAGCGCAUCCUCGAGUCCUUGCAGGUCCUACAGGAGGGCGACGCCGACCCUCAGCACAAGAAGCCUCUGGAACAUCCUGCCAACGUUGAAGCGCGCGUGUCGCAGCUGAGCGUGCUGGGGUUCUCACGCGACGACUGCGUGCGAGCGCUGCGUGAGAGCGGGGGGCGCCUGGACGACGCGGCGCUCUGGCUUACCAGGCACGCCGCCCCCCUGCCUGCUACACAUCUUGUCCAGCCCCAGCCAUCCUCCAGCACUCACUUCAACCCUGCCAUCAACUUACACGCCAUUGAGCUGAAAACUGGCAGCGUGAACCUGUGCCUCAUUGACGACUGCGGCGACUGUGACGUCCCGCUGCUGGAGUUCUCCCUCUGCCACCUGACCAUGAGACAGGAUCGCAGCUGGAGCGGCGUCGCAGGCUGCACGCUCUCAGUGAACUACUACAACAGAUUCCUGUCUGGCUGGGAGCCGCUGCUGGAGCCCUGGAGAUGCGGUGUGCUGUGGGAGCAGCGGACGGUGGACAGCGAGGCCGGCGUGUCACGUUUGUCCGUCAAGCUGAAGGCGGAGGACACCAUGGAGCUCAACGUGACCUCCUCGCUGCUCCAGCUCUACAAGAUGGUCAAGAGCAGCUGGACCAGAGACUACUACCGCAGAGACGACACUCCUUCCAGAGACCGCUCAGAGCAGCGAAGCUCGAGCAGCUCGCCGUGCGCUGGGGGCAGCCCUGUGAGCUACAGGAGGCGAGCGCCCUUCAUACCCUUCACCAUUCACAACGAGACGGGCUCCUCUCUCCUCUUCACCACCUUCACAUCCUUCACUUAUGGGGGCUUGGACAAUUGCUACGAGGAGACCUCAGGACCUCCGCGCCCCGAGCAGGAGUGGACGCUGGUGCCGCCCUCAGAAUCUGUUCCUUUUUCUAUUGAUAAUCAUCGCAAGGUGAAAGUGCGUCACGGUGACUCACAUGAGCACAAGAUGCACCAGAUCUGCGUGCACGUGUCAGGCUGGCACCCCGUGGGCCCCGUGACGGUGGACAAGGUCGGCAGCUUCUUCAGGAUGGCCGCGCCCGAGACUUCUGAGCCGACGCACGGUGGACUGGCUCACGCGCGCAUCGUAGUGACGGUGUCGCUGAUGGGGACGGCGCGUAAGCUGGUGACGGUGCGCUCAGCGCUGCUGCUCUGCAACGCUCUGCCCACCCCCGUACAGGCCAAGCUCGAGAACCUCGUCAUAAGCAGGGCAGACGUGAAAGUACUUCAGGUGCCGUCACAGUCAACAGUAGCGGUGCCCCUGAGGUACGUGUGGGCAGGCAUCACCGUGCGCCCUGUGGGGGGCCACGCCAAGCGGGCGCUCUCUCGCUCCAACCAAGCCUCUGGCAGCGCCUCUGCCUCCCAAUCUGCUGGAUGUCCCCCGUGUGGGGGCAGCGGUGGGUGGAUCCACUGCCGGGACGCCAUACACUGGCGGGUGGUGGGGGGAGCGGGGGAGCAGCACGCACAGCUCCACACCUGCGACGCCAUCAACGCCAACCACCCGCCCUUCAGGUUGAACGUAUUCAUCCGACGUGAGAAGUACCCCGUGGAUGUCACCCAGGGCAACACGCGGCCCCCCACGCCCCCAUUUAGUCACCCUCACCGUCAACCUCUCAUCCCCCACCCCUCCCCCUCAUCCUCCGAGUGGGUGCAACCCGCGCACACCAUCGUGCUGGUGAGCCCUCUGACGCUGGUGAACCUGCUGCCCGUGGAGCUGCACUAUAAAAUCCUACAGGAUCCUUACAACGCAUCCUCCGCCUCCACCGUAUCCUCCCAGCUACCCUCCAUCAGCGGAAGGAUAAAGCCUGGGGAUAAAGCCAUCCUCCACUCAGUUGACCCAGAGGAGGGCGUGGCGCUACAGGUGUUCACGGACGCGUUCUCGGGGGGCGGCAGCGUGCAGGUGGGCGGCGGGGGCGGCGGUGGGGGCAGUGGGCGCUCAUACGUCGUCCCCGUGACGCUCACGGACGUCGCCGAGCGUCCCUUGCAGCUGCUGCUUAGGAUAUCCCGCGUCUACUGCAAGGCUAUUAAAGUGAGCGUGUACGCCCAGUACUGGCUGGUCAACAAGACUGGGCUGCCGCUGGUCUUCAAGCAAGACGGAAGCUCCACCGAUGCCGCCGGCCAGGAGAGCGAGCACGAGGCUGCGCGCUGCGGUGCGCCGCUGCUGUUCUCCUUCAGCGACCGCGACGCGGCGCCUGCGCUCGUCAUGCGCAUAGGCAGGCACCUGCACCCCCGCGCCCUCCCCCACUACUGCCACCGCCUCCCCCUUACGCAGGCCGGUCUGGUGCGGCGUAUCCGCGUGUCGCUGCCGGACCGCCGGCCCGACGUGGUGUACAUCGUCGGUGUGGACGUGAGGCCCGGCAAGGGACGCUACCGGGACACUCUCAUGGUCACCGUCUCGCCACGCUUCCAGGUCGAGAACAGGUGCUCGUACGACCUGCUGCUGGCGCAGACGUGCUGCACUGACGGCAGCAUCGUGAGCGGGGAGAGCACGUGGCUGCGGUGCCUCCCCAGCAGCUUCCUCGCCUUCCACUGGCCGCGGCUCGACAAAGACCAGCUCUUGUCCAUUAAAAUCCUCUCCCCCGUCAGCGGUUAUUGGUCCGGCGGAUUUGCCAUCGAGAAAAUAGACUCCUUCCACCUCAAUGUCAGGGGCGUGGACGGCGAGAGCACCUUCCUGCGCAUCGAGACGCUCAUCAAAGACGCGACCUUCUUCAUGGUGGUCACGGACGCCGACCACUUCCCGCCGCCCUUCAGGAUAGACAACUUCUCUGAAGUGCAGAUCACGUACUAUCAGACGGGCACGCAAAGCUCGCACCUGCGCUCUAUUGUGUUGCCGCAUCGGUCGGUGUCGUACGCGUGGGACGAGCCCACGAUGAAGCCUCACUUGACCUGCGUCGCCCCUGGCGGCGUCUCCGCCACCUACAACCUCAACGAGCUCCGGCCAGGGGCCAACCUCACCUACGAGAACUUCAUCUACAUCGCCUUCACCGGCACCUUCCCGCAGUUGGUGGAUGAGGUGGAUGAGGGCGUGGAUGCCCCGACGUCAUCCCUGCGUCUGGACCCGACGUCUGUCGAGUGUCAGGAGCUCGUGCUCGACGUUGUUCAGGGCACGCGUGUGACGCUGGCACGCAAGCAGGUGGGCAGGCGCAGUCAGCUGUGGCGGAUGACGUCCACGGGGCGCCUGCAGCACGAGGGCUCGUCGCCCCCCACCGACCCUGCCGUCCCUCAUAAAGACGACCGCAACACUCUGGUGCUGGACAUCAGCGGGACGGCGCCGCAGCCCCGCGCGUUCACGCCCCUCAUGUUACGUCGGCCAGACCCCCGGCGGCAGCUCACGCAGACCUGGCACUUCACUGAUGACGGCCGCCUCUGCUGCAGACACAAGAACUUGUUCGUGCAGGCCGGCGAUGGCUUCAUGGCCCUCGCACCUGAGCGGCAGUCGCCAGGGGGCUUGUGGCAUCGAUGGAAGAACGUGGUGCUGGGACCGUCCCAGGGCGUGGAGUACGGCGUGGUGGGGGGCGGCGUGCCCAUCGAGCAGGCCGUGUCCCGGCAACGUCUGCGUCCCGGGUCUGGGGUGCUCACCCUGCAGGUGGUCACUGAUGGACCCACGCGGGUCCUCCAGAUCAAUGAUCUCAACAACAAGGUGCAAGUGUCAGUGAGUGGAGGACUGGGCGUGUCCGUGGUGCAGCAGAACCCUCCCCAAGAACUCAUAUACAUCCGCCUCACUGACAUCAUCCUCGACUACAACUGUACUCAGCGGGAACGAACUGUUGACGCCACCGUCAGGGACAUACAGGUUGACAACCAAGUGAGCGGUGGUGAGGGCAGCGUGCUGGUGUACGUGUCGCCUCAGAGCAAGACAGACGAGUCCCGCCACCUGCCCGCCCUGCACCUGUCGCUGCAGCAGCUCCUGCAGCCCAAGCUUACUGCAGACUCGCUUAUCUUCAAGGCAUGUAUACUGACGCUGCUCCUGCGGCCCAAGUUUACUGCAGACUCGCUUAUCUUCAAGGCAUGUAUACUGACGCUGCUCCUGCAGCCCAAGCUUACUGCAGACUCGCUUAUCUUCAAGAACCUCAUCGUGUGCUUCAAGAACCUGAGCCUGACGCUGGAAGAGGAGGUCGUGUGCAGGCUUCUUGUGUUUGGGGGCUUCCACCUUCAGGAGGAAGGACCUGCGGCCCCGGGGGAGGACCUCACGGACUCCGAGGACCCUCUGCAGGAGUCCCGCACCAGCGUCCAGGCCGCCACCUCUGCUACUGGCACCAGAAUUUACUUUGGUCUGCUGGAGCUGAAACUGAAGCAAGUUCGGCUGAGCGUGCUGACAAGCAAGCAUCUGACGGCAGAGCUGCGUAGGGUGCGCCGCCAGAUGGGGCUCAAUUCUCUGGUGCGCUUCGAGAACGCUCUUGUGAACCUCGACCCCUUCACCAGACAUCACCCCUUCGAGACAACGCGCUUCUUGUGGGAUAGCAUUCUUAAGCAUUACAAGGAGGAACUGAGCUCUCAAGCCGUGCGCAUUUUAGGAUCCACGGACUUCUUAGGGAACCCCUCAGGGCUCCUGGCGGAUGUGUCUGAGGGCGUGAGCGAGUUCAUGCACGACGGUAACCUGCAGGGGCUCAUAUGGAACGUAACCCACGGCAUGGCCAACAGCGCCGCUAAAGUCACCGGCUCGCUCUCGGACGGCCUGGGCCUCGUGACGAUGGACGAGGCGCACGAGGCGAUGCGGCAGCGGCUGGCGCUGCGCAGCGACGGCGGCGACCAGUUCCUGAACGGCGUCAGGGGCUUCGGCCUCGGCAUCUACGGCGGCGCCACGAGCAUCGUGCACCAGAUGUACGCAGGCGUGAAGCAGGACGGUGCGCCGGGCUUGCUCGUCGGGUUCGCGAAGGGCGUGAUCGGUACCGUCACUAAGCCCGCCGUCGGGAUGCUUGACCUCUUCUCGGGCGCUGCUUACGCCGUGCGGGAUACCAGCAAAUCGCCGCUGAGUCGGUCGGUGCAGCGCAUUCGUGCCCCACGCGUCGUGCUGGGCCUCGCUGGGCUGCUGCCUCGCUACAAUGAGGCCCUAGCGCGAGGCCAACUUCUGCUCAAGACUAUGCCUAACUACAGCGCUAAGGAAAUCGUGGUGUCGUACGAGGCGCUGCGCGAGGGCGCGGAGGACAUGCGCGUGUUGGUGUCAAGCGAGCGCGUGCGCGUGUUCAGUCAGCAGGACGCCUCGUCGUCGCCCAUCAUAGUCCUCGCCGCCCCCUACACGGACAUAUUGGAGUGCCGCGCGGUGGUGGUGACAGAGGCAGCCGCGGACGCCAGCGAGCGUCACUACGUCGAGCUGACCAUCUCGUCGGACCCGCGCCUCCUGCCCGCCCAACUACCCAUCUCGAAGAAGCCUAAAGUGCGAUGUGACUCCAAGGACAUCGCUGAGAAAGUGAGUCAGCAAAUUAACUGCGCUCGCGCACUGCACCAGGAGUUGUGGCAAACCAUCACGCCGAGCCAGGAUGAGGAGGAAGAUUAACGACAUCAGUUAUUUGUUUAAGGGUUGCCGUGCUUUACUUCUCGUGUGACACAAACUCCUCUGGAUAGAACUUCACUCUGUUGUCGUGUAUUUUUGACCAACAGCUGCCAUGCUUCUCAUAGGACACCUAAUCAUACCAGAGUAGAACUAAACUCGAAUGUCGGGUCUUAGCCUUUAUAUAAUAUUGACGGAGAUGUUAAUGACCGUUAAUCAUGCUGUGCUUUGACAACCAGGAGCAGUUUUACUACUGACUGAAUGGAAAGCGAAAUUAAUGACGAAUGUUCGUCAAAAGUGUAACUACAAUGAGCUGUCGAGCAUAUGGAGAACGAGUAGUGUAAAUCAUUGUGAACUUUCCUACUUACAUAACAAAUCCGCGCUUUGAUAAUUCCAGUAGCGUUCUAACAUAUUUUAUAUUUAUUGACCAAUGCAUUUGUUAUUUGCAAAAGUUGCACAAGUGAGUCAUAUUCUUAUAUUAAUCGUCUAGAUUUAAGAAUUCAUGCAUAUGCAUUUUUCUCUUCGAAACGUGCGCUGGCGUUUCCAAACUGGAUUGUUACAUGUGCCUUUGUAAUCUUUUUAACCUCGUGUCAUUCUGUAUAUUCUUAGACGCGAUCGCUCGUUGCGUUUGCGCCCUGCUUAGUAAAUGAAAGGAAAUACUUUUAAGAUGACAUUUAGAUUUUGAUGAGAUUCGUUUUCUUCAGCUAAAAUUUAGUCCUGCCGACCUUGUUGCAAAAGGGUGUUGUUUAAUUUAAUCUAUUUUAUUACUGAUUCCAGCUUUUUUGCAAGCUUCUUUAUGGGUUUUGAUUCACUAUUUGAUCAGAACUUGGCUUAUUUUAUAUAUCAUUCUAUUUUUUAUAACUGCUUGUCUAAAUUUCCGUAGCUGCUUACCUGUUAAUGAACUACCAACCUGAAGUUCAAUGCAAUUAGUGUAAUGAUAAGCACUAAGGUUAUGUGAAGUACCUUUAAUUUGUAAUCGUGGGAUGAACGUGUUUAAUUUUUCAACUAUCCAGGUUGAUGUAAUUUUGCUCCAAUUACUUAUAAUAUGUAAAUUUCUCAUUUUUUUGUUGUAACUAUUGGCUUAAUUUAAAGAAUUAUAAAAACUCAAGUUACCGGUAAGUAGAUCAAAUAAUUUACUCAGCGCUGCAUUCUCCUAAGACAGGUAAAGAAUAUUUAAUCAUAUCUCAUGUCGCCUGAUACGCAGGAAAUUCAAAUGACUUGAAUGGGACAUAAGUGUGGGAAUAUUUGUUCUUGCGACGUACAACUAACAACACAAGAAUAGGAACGCGGUUUGUUCGGACGAAGUUUGUUCAGUGCCAGUAACUACGUUAAUUGUAUUAAGAAUAAGUUUGAGCACGAAUGUUUUCCUAUUACAUAAUCAAAGGAGCAUAAUGACGCCUUCCUUGGACCUGAUCUUCUUCAGUCUACCUUCGCGCAUGUCGUUAUUGUUAACUCUUUAUUAUCUUGCAUCAGAAUAUUAGGCCUAAUAUUCGUGAGUAAGAGCAAGCCAACAAUGGUCUCAAUAUAAUAAAUUGUUGAAAUGGACUA